AAAAUGUGAAAGACUUAUUAGAGAGGCGAAUCAAACAAAUCCCCCCACAAACACGAGGUGUUCAAACGAACCGAUUCGCUGAAAUGCAUCGGAUUUCCCAACGCUACUCUAUGCCGAAAUGCCGAAAGCGUCAGUGAUAUGCCAGAGCCCAAACCACGUGUUUUACGUAAUGGAAAGGCAAUCUUUCAAUUCAACCCCUCCUCCUUCUUGUCUAUAUCCAACACAGAUCCAAGGCAAAGAGGAAUACGUGCGAGAGAUACUUUUGAGGAGGCAACGGGAUCAGUAAUGCACAGGUGAAACAUCAAGCCGCACUCCAACCGCAUCCUCAGUCAGCAUCAGCCUUAGUGCAGUGCUUUCACAUUGAUGAAAGCUCAUGGAUAUUACUGACCAGCAGCAACAGCAAAAGCAACAGCAGCCGCAGCAGCAGCAACAGCAGCAGCAGCAGGUUUUAGGAAGACUUCCCUGAGAAACACUGAGCUGACGCUGGAAAUGUGCGCUUUGCUCGGAGGUAUCACUGCUUUUAAAUGGGAUGCAUCCCCUCCAGGCUUCUGAUGCCGUGCACAUCCAUCCACCCUUCAUCUGAGUGAUGAACUAACAGGGAACGCAAAGAUCCGCCGUGUCUUUCACGUUAGUUUAUAACGGGCUGCACGUUCCCCCUCUGCAGCACAUGCAAUUUAUAGAGUAUCUAUUUUUAUGAGCCGACCAACCUUUAUUACUAAGAAGAAUACCUUUGUUUUGCCAGGUCUCCAGAGAAUAUUUUACCUCUUGCAUGAAGACGCUUGGAUAGUAAUACAUAUUUUUCUAUGAUACUACUGGAAAACUGAGCAUCCCAUUGUGUUCUUAUUAUUAUGCAACCGCAGGGAUCUGUUCUUUAUCAGGGUGUCUAAGCUGUUGGAUCGCUCCUCGCCCAAAUCAAUGUGGUUUCUUUGGAACAUUUUCAGCAAAGGAACGCAUAUGCUGCAGUGUCUUUGUGGCAAGAGUCUUAAGAAGAACAAGAACCCAAGUGAUCCCCAGCUCAAGGGUAUAGUGACCAGGUUAUAUUGCAGGCAGGGAUACUACUUGCAGAUGAACCCAGAUGGAUCUCUUGAUGGGACCAAGGAUGACAGUAGUAAUUCUUCGUUGUUCAACCUCAUCCCUGUGGGCCUUCGGGUCGUUGCUAUUCAGUCUGUGAAGACGGGCUUGUACAUCGCCAUGAAUGGAGAAGGCCAUCUGUACACAUCAGAACUGUUUACGCCGGAAUGCAAGUUUAAAGAGUCUGUGUUUGAAAACUACUAUGUGAUCUACUCAUCCAUGCUGUAUAGGCAGCAGGAGUCGGGGAGAGCAUGGUUCCUUGGCUUGAAUAAAGAUGGCCAGGCCAUGAAGGGGAACCGGGUGAAGAAAACUAAACCAGCUGCUCACUUCCUGCCCAAGCCAUUAGAAGUUGCUAUGUACCGAGAGCCAUCAUUGCAUGACGUGGGGGAGACUGUGCCCAAACCUGCCGUGCCUCCCAGUAAAAGCACAGAGCCGGCCGUCAUGAACGGAGGCAAACCUGUCAGCAAGGAAACCAAGCCCACCACAUAGCCAGAUCCCAGCUCGGCCAUGCUCAACCCCGGAGAGCCGUGCUCCUUUUGUCAGACUCUCCAUGUUUGUGGAUCAGAUCCAGGCAUCCUCUGCUCUCUCCUCCCCAUUCCCUCCGCCUCUCUUCACUCCUCUGACUGUUCCGAUCUAAUUCGACGACGGACUGGCUCCGGAAGAGUGGUCAGCUGUGCACGUAGGAGGAUGCAACUGGAUAAACCAGCUAAACUUUCACCAUGGAAUGCCCUAACUGAUAUGGAAUGCCUUUUGAUAUACAAUAAAGCCGAUGUUUUUCUCUAAUCGAGACAAUCCACGAGAAUGAAAUUGUGUACCGCAGGCGCUUGCGUGGCGGUUCUUUUGCCUGCUAACAGUCACCCGUUAUAACCCUUUUCUUGAACCGUGUCGCAGCAGAGACCGUACGUUUCAGAUCUAUUUUCUAUAUGCGCAGUAACACCAGCCACGCUCUGGGGUAAUACUGUAAAGAUAUACAUAUAUGAACUGCAGUCCACACCUUUUUUUUUAUUUUGAUCAAGUACACUCCCGUGUCUAUUACUUUCUUGGUGUCCCCCAAGUUUGAAUCUCCAAACCUUUCCCUUUUGUCAGUUGCUUACGAAAUUUGUUGUCGGGGCAGUGUGCAAUGCGUUCUGGUUUGCAGUUCCAAAACACAACGACGAAUUGUCCUUUCAUGACACAGAUGGUCAAGAGACGUCAAUCUUUCGAGGGGACGGAGCCUCCUAAACAGAAUCAAGCUCAUUAUCAAGGUUCAGUGCUCAUGUUCUCUCAUUCUCGUAAUAUCUAGGAAGGGACGCAAGUAUACUUAGACAGCAAAUGCCAGCGAGUGCAUUAGUCAUGCUCGCCGCAGUCAAACACAAAGAGCUGGCAUGUACUGGGGUAAGGUGUAUAGAGUACAUAUCACGAUCUAGUAUGGUGCCGAUCGAUUUUAGUCCCAGUAACUAGGUGAAUUUCCACUUUUCUUUGCUCUUAAUUUAGAGCGUGGGCGCUAGGGAUAUCUAUAGGCCUUGUAGGCCUCUGGUAAAGGCCCCAUUUUGACAUGCUGACUCCUCUGAACUAUGGCCUAGGUCGGGUGGGUGAACACAUUAAAUGUGACGAGAGUGGCAGCCGUAAAGAAAUACAUUCUACUUCAGGCCUGUGCGCUAAAGUGGCUCAAUUUAAGUAGGCACCAUUACUAUUGGCUGCUCACCCAUUUUGUUCAGCAAAGGCAUGGGCAAGGUUAGUAUUAUCAUGUUGUUCUUGCAGCGCUGAUGCAGUGCAAGAAAUGGCUUCUAUAACGAUGUUUUCACUGUAUACAAAUAAAAUAAAAAUCUUGAAAAAAAAAGUGGUAAAUAAAUAAAUAGAUUUUUAACUAUCAGAUAUUACAAUUCUGAAACGAGAGGGUUUUUUCCUAGCUCAGCAUGCAGAGUCCAGUACUGCUCAUCAUGUGCCUGUGAUGACCUCUAACCCAGCAUGCAAAAACAUGUACCCAGUCUGUGCUGGGUUAAAGGUGCCUCAAGCCCCAGAUACACACACAAACACACACACAUGCACAGAGACAGAUUCAGUAGCAACGAAACACACAAAAGUCAAUUGUUACCAAAGUUCGUAAACACGAGAAUCCAGCCGAACAAAUAUCAGCAUCUUGGAGGAUGGUGGUCCUCUGCGGUUUUUGUCCUCACUGUGACUAGGGUUCAUCAUGAAGAACAAUUGUCUCGAACAGUCUCCAAAUGAUGUCCUUCACUUCGAUUGUUCAUUUAGUACAAGAGCGGGGUACCUAUUACUAAUCACCUGCAUGCAUUUUCUUAAGGACCAAAGUAUGGGACGGCUAGAAGUGUCUAAAGCUAGUUUGAGGUGUAGGGCUACAAAUGAAUGGGCAUGAUUAUAUAAGGCUCUCUCAUACUCUGGAUUGAGACCAUUGCACUUUGCGUUUGAAAUCGUCAUCUACUCACAUCUACUUAGGAUUUGAACAAUUAGCCAAUUAUCAGCUGAGCUGACAUGAAGCCUGUCUUGCUUUAACAGUUUUCAUAGUUUGAAUGAUGAAUACCGUUUAGAAUGUUAUGAAGUAGAACGAAGCUAUGCUGCUAAAUACAAAUAUAUCGUACACUUCAUUUGAAGACCUAUAUUUUAAUUUAUUGAGAGUUUGAGCUAGUUUCAUAUUAGGAGAUGUUCAAGCACAUUAGUUAGAGUUAAAUAUUUGUCUGUACAAAGCCGAAUUUAAUGCUAGAAUGACAUGCCGCACUAUACAGGAAAAGUAGCUUCAUAUUGGAAAUCAGUUCGAGGCUGGUGUCCCACUUCCACACGAAACAAAUCACUCACUCCAAUGAGCUCUACAUGCUGGGCUACAGCGGCCCUGCAGACCAGUGAACUGGUUUUACGAAGGUUGAAUUUAUUUUUGUAAGUGACUGGUAAGUGAGUAUGUGUGCAUUUGUUAGUAUGUUUGUUUGUUUGUUUUUCCUCUUUCAAACGUCAAACGUGUUUGUUUCGUUCCAUUCAGGUCGUGCGUUACGUCGUUAAAUUGUAAUGAGGAGCAAUCGCCGAGCAAACAAUUGAUCAUUUCUGUGUUUUUCUCUGUAUUCCUGAGUUUCAGUGGUGAAGGAAGGUCUCCAUUGUCUGUUGGUUGGUUUUGAACAUUGAUUUGACAGUUACUUCAUCUGUUGCAUGGGAAGAGGGUGGCAUAUAUGAACUGCAUGUUGUAGGCUAUGUGUAUCAUGGACUGUUGGUAUGUUCUGCUAAUUUUACAUACAUAUAUGCAAAGAGUUUGUCUGCACUGUACAGUUUGUGUUUGUUGUAUACACAGAUACAACAUAUUGAAUAAAAUAUUUAUAUAAAGGUGUA